AUGCCUGCCAAUUCUGCGGCGGAUACUAUCCGUAUCAUGGUAUCAACCGAUAACCAUGUCGGAUACGGAGAACGCGAUCCAGAGCGAGGAGAUGAUUCCUGGAACACUUUCGACGAGAUCAUGACAUUGGCACGAGAGCGAGAUGUCGAUAUGGUCUUACUGGCUGGCGAUCUGUUUCACGACAACAAACCAUCUCGCAAGGCCAUGUAUCAUGUCAUGUCAUCUCUACGCAAGAACUGUUUCGGCGAGAAACCAUGUGAGCUUGAGAUGCUCAGCGAUGCCUCGGAAGCCUUUCAGGGUGCUUUCAACCACGUCAACUACGAAGAUCCUGAUAUCAAUGUCGCCAUCCCAGUCUUCUCAAUCCACGGAAACCAUGACGACCCAACUGGAGAUGGUCAUCUGGCAUCGCUGGAUCUGUUGCAAAUGGCUGGCAUGGUCAACUACUACGGCCGCACGCCCGAGUCUGACAACAUCGUCAUCAAGCCUGUGUUACUACAAAAAGGUCGAACCAAGCUCGCCCUUUACGGUAUGAGCAACGUCCGUGACGAGCGCAUGUUCCGCACCUUCAGAGAUCGGAAAGUCAAGUUCUACCAACCUGGCACACAGACAGGUGAUUGGUUCAACCUCAUGAGCGUGCAUCAAAAUCACCACGCGUACACCGAGACCGGCUAUCUUCCCGAGAAUUUCCUCCCGGCUUUCAUGGACCUGGUUAUCUGGGGCCAUGAACAUGAAUGUCUGAUCAAUCCUCGUUACAAUCCCGAGCAAACCUUUCAUGUCAUGCAGCCUGGUUCAUCGGUCGCCACUUCCCUCAUGCCAGGCGAGGCUGUACCAAAGCAUGUCGCAAUCCUCAGUAUCACAGGCAAAGAGUUCAAGUGUGAGCCUAUCCGCCUGAAGACUGUUCGACCUUUCGUGAUGAGGGAAAUUUCUCUCAUGGACGACGCCCACAUGAGAAAAAUCGCGAUGAAGGACGACAAUCGCGCAGAAAUUACCCGCUACCUUACAACCGUUGUGGAAGACAUGAUCCGAGAAGCUCGUCAAGCCUCGCGUGAAGCCCAGGAAGGGGAUAAUGAUGAUCAUCAGGCGCCCGAUUUGCCUCUGAUUCGCCUUCGCGUUGAAUACACUGCUCCUGAAGGAGGGCGCUUUGAUUGUGAGAACCCCCAACGCUUCUCAAACCGUUUCUUGAAAAAGGUGGCAAAUGUCAACGAUGUGGUUCAAUUCCAUCGCAAGAAAACUGGCACCAGCAGAAAGAAGGAGCAACCUGACAUGCCCGAGGAAGCUGUCCUGCAACAGCUCACCAUCGACACUGUAAAGGUAGAGAAGCUCGUCAAGGAGUUUCUCACAGCCCAAUCUCUUACAGUGCUUCCUCAAAACUCUUUCGGCGAUGCCGUUAGUCAGUUUGUCAACAAGGACGACAAGCACGCUAUGGAGGCCUUUGUGAAUGAGAGUCUUGCAAGUCAGUUGAAGCAUCUGUUGGCUGGUGCAAGUGUCGAAGAUGAGGACAUAACGGAAGCCAUGCAUGGGAUCAAGACUCAAUUGGAGGAGUCGUGGGCACAGGGCACGCUAAAGCGCGCUCCCAGAACAGACAAGUUGAAGCCCAAGCCAGCCAAUUGGGACUCUGAUCUUGAUGGAGAGUGGGCUGAGCAGCCUGGUGCACUGAUCCGUAGUGAGGAAGAGGUCGAAGACGACGAAGAAGCUGCUCAACCAAAGCCCAAAGCUACUCGAGGCAGAGGAGGCAAGGCCGCCGGAACCACACGCAAGACAGCUGCUGCAGCCAAGAAAGCAGCACCUGCCAAGAAGACCACAACUCGCGCGAGGAAGGCACCUAUUGAAGAAGAGUCAGACGACGAAGAGGACGACGUUAUUAUGCUCGACGAUGACGAGGAAGAAGUUCCCGACGCGAACGACGAUGAGGAUGAUGACGAUGACGACAACCUCUUCGUCAAGCCAGCGCCCAAGAAGAGAGCGCCUGCAAAGGCUGCAGCCAAGUCGAUUGCUAAGCGUGCUGCUUCACCACCAAAGCGCAAGGCACCAGUUCGUAGCACAGCAAAGGCCCCUACAGGCAGACAGACAACACUGAGUUUCUCUCAAACACCUGCACCAUCGCAACCACGUAAUACCGCAGCUCGUGCAGGACGCAAAACUGCAGGACCUAGCGAGGACGAGAUAUCUGACGACGAUGAUGCUUUUGAACCUCCUCCAACAGCAUCCCGUUCUGCAGCACGUCGCAAGUUUUGA